CUCCAGCGCUUUCGCGGCUUUAUGGGAAAAUAUCAUCAUGGUGGAUAAAUCCGAUAUAGGAAACAUGAGAGCACUAAAGGUCAAUGAUAUUGACGUCAAGCAAUCUCGUGACGUGAACGCAAUAUAUGGAUACGUCACGAUCAUAUGGGUAGAGGAGAAGAAUCAGCCAAGGAUACACAAAUUGCCUACAGCUGUCUUCUCGAGAGCUCCACAGUCACGACAGAAACAUAGUGCCCAGAAAUCUCUCCAAACUGGUGGAGACGCACACUGAGGCGGAUACAAAAGCUUGAGGAAGCAUGGAGAACAACAACGCUAUUGCCACGCAGGGCCCUGACGACGAGGCCAAGAUUGAGAACGUGAAGCCCACGGCGGAGGAAGAGUCCCCGGAGAAGGAGAGGAGCAGCCCACCUCGUAGGCGGCCCUACCGCAGGGAGAUUCGUCCAGAGGAUGAAACUGGAAAGUGGGCCAUCCGUCGCAAGAUCUGGGAUCAUUUGGAAGAAAAUAAUCUUGUAAAUGCUCCAAGACCUUGCAGUUAUCGCAUCCCUAACUUUGAGGGUGCUGCCACUGCUAACGACAAGCUGCCGACGCUGGAUGCCUUCAAGAAGGCGCAGACUGUCAAGGUCAACCCUGACAAGCCUCAGGAGCAGGCCCGCUUCCUAGUGCUGGAGGCUGAGAAAGAACUUGUUCUUCUCAAUCAGAGCCAGAGAAAUUUGUUGGUGCCGACCCCUCAGCUGCGUACGGGUCUGCUGAACCGUAUUGUCCCUCCUGAAGAUUCGAACAAGGAGCAACUGAGACAUUGCUGUACUUCUCAGGGCGUGAAGGAGAACAGUAAAGAGAUUGGUCUGGAGGACAAGGUCAAGAUAGAUCUGGUUGUGGUGGGCAGCGUGGCCGUGUCCAGGAACGGAUAUCGAAUUGGCAAGGGCAAGGGCUUUGCUGAUUUGGAAUAUGCCAUGAUGAGAACCAUGGGGGCCAUAGACGCUAAUACCCUCGUGGUGACCACAGUUCACGAUUCGCAAGUUGUGGAUAUUCCGGAAGAGUUGGUGGAGGAGCAUGAUAUUACGGUGGACUUCAUCCUGACCCCAACGGAACUCAUUGAGACGGGCUGCAAGAGGCCCAAGCCUGAAGGAGUCAUCUGGAGCCAUCUAGAUGUCAACAAGUUCUAUCAGAUCCCAGUGUUGAGGCAGUUGCGUGACAUUGAGCGCGAGGCCGGCAAGAACGUGAUGCUGAAGGGACAGGAGAACGAGGAGGAGGAUCCCCUGGAUAACGAAGAGCCCCCAAGGCCACGUCGGUUCCGGCGCUUCGGCGGUGGAGGUAGCGGCUUCAGGGGUCGUGGAAGGCCCUUCAGGGGUUACAGACGAGGUGGCGGCAGACGCAGGAACACAGAUGGGGGCGACGAUAGCAACAAGGAGAACGCCGAGACUGGCGAUGAGUCCGGGGCUGAUGGCGAAGAGGGACGCGGUGGACGCCGCAGGAACUUCCGCAACAGACGCUACCGUCGUGGCGGGAAGAGGGUGUCCGAGUCUGAGCUCACCGACGAUGGUGGCGAAGCGGGACAGGGCGACGGGGACGAUAAGCCACAUCAGCGCAGGUUCCAGAACAGAAGACGAUUCCCACGCAGACGUCGCUUUGAGGGAGGUCGUGGAGGUCGCGACAACCGAGGAGGGGGGGAUCACUCUGGCAGUGACGGGGAGCAGAAGACGUCUGGCGACGAGGAUGGAGAACGCCGCCGCCCCCAGAGGCCUAGAUUCCGCACCAACCCCGAGGCUGUGGUGUUUGUGGGCGCGCUGUCUCGCCGUCUGCGCGUGAGCGAGCUCAAGACGGAGCUGCGCAGCCAGAACGUGAACCCUCUGCGUCUGGUGUGGCACGGGGGCCGCGGCUUUGCCUUCUUGCACUUCCAGACGGUGGACUCGGCCAAGGAGGCUGUCGACACUCUGACGGGCAAAGAGCUGGACGGGAGAGAAAUUAAGGUGGAGAUGGCGAACAACGACCGACCCCCUCGUCGUCGCGCCGGGGACUCGCGGGGAGACAAGGCCGACAGUUCCGCUGCCGAGGCCGUUGAGGCUGGGGACAGGUAGGAGUAAGCGACAAGAAAGGGAUGUCGGGCGGCCUGGGGGCGUCCAGUAGUAGCUAAGCCCAGAUCUCGCUGUUUCUUCUUGCUAUUUUGUUGUACGAGAUGACCAGGCCGCCCCAGGAGUCGUCUGCUCCUGCCCCUGAUCCCUCGGCUCCUCCCGCGACCUCAGAGGACCGGAGAAUGUUUGCAAGCGACCGACCAAUUAGCCAUAGACCUACUCGAGUAAUGACAUGGAUAUUGGUGGUAGCCUUUCGAGUUGUAUUUGUUCGUAUAUAAAGCUAUAAAUGACGUAUUCAUUCAGUGGUUAAUUCAGUUGACGUUUUCACUUUUUUUCUUGAUGAUGACUGUACAAAGAAGAAAAAAAAAGCCAAGAAUUUGAUUUAACCCUACCCAGCUUUGAGAAAGGAUACAAAGAUGCCUGAACUCGCCACUACUACUAAUCACAUUGUUGUCAUUUCACCCAUUGGCUUGUGAGCCGUCAUGUGCAUGAAGAUUUACCAAGGGCUAAUUUGGUAAGGUUGGUGACUUUUUCUCUGCAAGCAUCUGGGCAAUUCCUGCAUACCAGUGAGGUGCAGUCUCGUGCAAUUCCCCUCUGGCUUCUGUAGCAGCAAACCCCUGACGGAAAGGCACACACCAGCGACAGGGAGUCUAGCAAAAUCUAUAAUCUACAAGGCAGCAGAAUUUUCCUUUAUUAUAUUUUUUCUUCCCCCCUCCUUUCCCCGCGAAAUAUAUAACUAAGGUGGAUGCGUAAAGGGAGUGAUGAAGAUUUGCUAUGAGAAGCUCGAGUCGGUAUGAAUGUCAUCACUGCACUUUGCAUAGCAUUGAUUCUGUCACUAUCCUACAAGUGCUGUGAUGAUAUUUAUUCUCUUGUUUGUUUGUUUUUUGGUUUUUUUUUUUUUUUUUUUUUUUUUUUUUUUUUUUUUUUUUAAAUCUUUAAAUGGCAGUUGUAGUUUGUGUAACCAAUAUUGAUGCAGCACAGGAAAGAUUCCUUAUUUAAUCUUUUGGUUUUGGGGCAUUUAAUUCACUGAUGGCCAAGUAUUUGUUUCAGGUUUCUAAUGUAACCUUGUCCGACAUAAACAAAAGAUUGUUUUGAGAACAUGGCAAAGACGACAGGGUAUUUCUUCUUUUUUUUUUAACAAAUCUACAUUGGGUUAUUUGACUUUGUAAAUGUAAUGUAAGAGCAUAGAUUCAACAAUAACAAGAAAAGGUUAGUCCAAUUAUUUUACCUUGAAAGUUUGGAAAUGCAUGCUCUGUUGGAUUUUUUUUAAUGUUUCGGUUAGUCUGGGCUUACAGUAAGAGGAUUCUUGAAGGUAACAUUUGCUUGUGCCAAACGUUGGCCAUCAGAGUGGGUUGGGUUUUUUUUCGGGGGGAGGGGGGUGUUUGUUUUUUUUAAACCUGAAAGGAAACGUGACAAAAUGAUGGGUUCAGUCUGUUGUUGAUAUUUCUGACUGAUUUCAUCUUUUGUACGAACAUACGAAAAACAAAAAAUUUCGACGUUGGCUAUAAUGUAACUUCUGUAAAAUGUUGGUUGGACUGAACUGCUGUCUCAAUAAUUUUGGUGUAUGCAAGUAUUUGAUUUUUAUAUCUCUCUGUAUAUUAUUUAUUUACUAUUUUGUAUUUAUGAAUUGAAAUAUUCUAGUGAGUGUGAUACAUGUUAUCUCGUGUGUCAUGCGUAAUAUUUGAGGUAUUUAUAAGAAAGACAGUUGAUGCCUUGUAGAUCUUUCUGAAAAGUACAGAGAAUUGUCAAGUCAAAUCUCAUUUCCUUUCAGCUCUAUGAAUUAAUUAAAGUUACCUUGUAUAGUUCUAUGAGAUUACUUGUGCAAUUUGUUGAUAUUUUCCCCAGUGUGCAUAUCAUGUUUUUAUUUUUAUAGGCCAUAUUCAUUACCUUACUCUUUAGUCCUGGAAUUGCAAGAUUGCCUUGAAUCGCAUUGUGAAAGUAAUAUCUUCUGCAUGUGGAAAGCAUGCAUCAUAGAAAAA